AUGACGCUGCCCAGGAUUGUCCUGGUGCAUAUGUUGUACGAGGUACCGGACAGAGCACUUUUCCAGGCAUGGAAAGCAGAGUGGUUCCUUGCCAGUUGUUGCAAUCUGAGAGGUUACCCUUCUUUGGGAGGCGGACGACAACUCCUCUUCACCUUGUGCUGGGGACUGUGGGUCACACCCAACAGUGACUUUGCUGAUUUGAGCGCCUGUUUCGGCAACGUCAUCUCUGCCAUGGUUAUCGGCCCUACCUCGAUCUUUAAGUCAUCUGCUGGUGUCAGCAAGUCAUCUGGGAAGGUGGUCGGCAGAAGUGGAUGGUUCCUUGAAAUGUGCGACCCAUUGCCUCUGUUGUUCAUCCCUCGAGAGUCAGGUGUGACAUUGAGAAGUUCAGCUGACACUAUAACACAGCAGGAUGAAGGAGAACAGCUCGGGGAGUUAGUGGAGAUGUUUGUACUGCAGAAAGUGCUAUGUUAUCUCGUCAGUCGUGAUAUUUGCGUUGAAAUCUGUGCUGUUUGGUUUCCUCAGGUUGCACAAACAACAGAUGGCUUCGACGCCAACCUGUGGAAGGACAGCAUAUUUAAAUCCAAGGUCACACGCUAUCUUUGCUUCACCCGGGCUGCCACCUCCAAAAAUAAGCAAUUAUGCAACGUGGUCGUGGACGUGAAGUUGAUCGACUUGAAGGACUGUUUGCCAGAGGGCUUCACUCCUAUCCAAGACACCACGGAUACCCAGGAGCAGGCUUUGAGGAAGGAGAGACUGUGUGUGAAGUUGGUCCCCAGGCACUGCGCUGAUAUGGCUAUAUGCGAUAUGGUUGUACAGGGGAAAUCAAAGCACAGCCUCACUAAUUAUACAUUUAUAGGUGAACUGAAUGGUUUGGGGAUUUGGUAUCAGCUGGGAAAAGUCAUUAAGUCGCAGCAUACAGUGCUUAAAACCUCCUCUACCGCUGGUGUUGCCAGAAAAUGCCCUGAGUCUCCGGCCUCCAGUCCUACUAAAAAGAACAUGGUCAGGCCAGACUAUGAACACCAAACCUACAACCUCUACACCAAAUCAGCUAUGGAUGAUAUCCCCUUUAUGAUCUACAAAAAAUCUACUUCCACAUUCAGAGAUGAAAUAGAUUCAGUCCAUUUCUUGAACAUUAUCAUCAAAUCACCGAAAGAGAUUGAAGAUGAAUACAACUAUUGUUUCAACACUGAACACAGCGCUGCUGCCUUCACAUGGACUCAGUGACUUUAGAGAGUAGAGAUUCACUAUUAACACUGGUAUAAGCAAUCAAACAGUGUAGUGAGAAUAACUAACAAAUCUAACUGAGAAUCCAAAGAUCAGGGUAUGAACACACUAUAUCUUUCUUCUUCCUGGUCUUCUUGGGAUUUUUUUCUUUUCAGAAAACUUCCCUCCAUCCUUGUGCCAUAUAAAGACUUCACAUGAUCACAUGGAUAAAACUCAAGUGGAUAAAAA